CACUCUCAUCGCUUCUCCCAUCCUUUUAUUUCUUUCCACCGCUACGUUUGGCGGGAAAGUCGUCCAACUCGAAUUUUAAUUCGUGGGUUCUACCAUCCGACAUGGAAGAGGCGGACGCCGUGACCAUCCACAACAAGAGGAGUGUGAACCUGAAAGAAUCCUCCUUGAAACCUAUCCCUGAGGCUGAGAUCGCUAUUGGAGUAGCGGACAUCGAAGAAUUUUCCUCUCAAGAAACCCUACAGAUUAGGGCAUCUCUACUGCAGUGGUAUUAUGAGAACCACAGAGUCUUGCCAUGGAGGAAGAACCAACUCGAACAAGAAGACGAUGAAGAUGGACAAGAAAGAGAGGCUCGAGCAUAUGCCGUCUGGGUUUCCGAAGUAAUGCUUCAGCAGACAAGGGUUGCUGCUGUUAUAGACCAUUACAAUCGCUGGAUGGAGAAAUGGCCCACCGUUCAUCAUCUAGCUCGAGCUUCUCAAGAUGAGGUCAAUGAGAUGUGGGCUGGUUUGGGUUACUAUAGGCGGGCUCGCUUUCUGUUAGAGCUGCAGUGCUGGUGCCUAAUUUUUAGGGGGCGUGUUACUGUGGCCUCAGUUAAGAACUUCGAGCUUGUGGCAGCUGUAGAGCCUUCUCACCAAGUUUCAGUGGCAGAGCAAGAAAAGGUAAUACUGCAGUUUGGAAAGAUAGGCAAGGACAUAUUUACCAUGGAUUACCGUUACCCGCUCUCUGCCUUCCAGGCCUUUGCAAUCUGCCUUAGCAGCUUUGACACCAAGCCAGCCUGUGAAUGACUUCUUUUUCUUUUACUGAUCCUUAUUAUGGCUCAUUUCCAUUGAAAGUCAGUUCCAAAUAUUUUCAAAUGAAGGCUCAUUAAUAUCUGCCGUUAAUCAUCACUGAGUCUUUUUUUUUUUUUUGUAAUUUGUAUGUAUUAAAGAAGAGAAAGAGAAAAUGUAUAGAAAAAGGCAGCCUCUAUCUCCAUCUUUGGACAGGCCGAAGGAGAGGAGGAGAAGCCCCUAGGGAACAAAGCAGGACAACCCCUGUGUUACAAGAGAAACCAAGGAGAAACAAAGAAACAAAUUACAAUCUAUAGUAAAUCUUGAAAACUGAAUCCUCCAUCACUAAAUUCUUUAGCUCAUCAUGAAAAUCAUGAGGCUGAAUAAUAGUCUCCACCUGAGAUGUAGCCAUAGAUGCUAGGUAAUUAGCAGGUUUAUUUACCUCCCUCCAUACAUGCUUGAACUCCUUUCUGGACAAGGUAUUAGAAAUGUGUAAAAUCUUGCUUUUGAUAGCUCUAGUUUCCUAUGACCCCUCAAAUUCUCCAUUUAAAAUACCUGUCGCCAAUUUGGAAUCUAACUGAAUUGAGAUCUCCAUCGUGUUGAUAUCUAUGCAUAAAGUAAUUCCUCUAAGGAUAGCAAGAAGUUCCAGCCAUAAAAUAUUAGUCUUCUUCGCAAGACCAGUAUAAGCCAUAACAGGAACCCCUUCCUGUCCCUGAUUAUGCCUCCAUAAGAAGCUCGGACUUGUGAGAGGGACCCAUCACAAUGUAAAGCAACUAUAUUAUUUGGAGGCAUAAACCAUGAGCAAGCUUUUGGGAUCAUAAUCUUCCAACUCACAUGAAUUUCCCAAUUAGACAUGAUAACUUGAUUUCUAGGAUUAUAUUCAGCCACAAAAUUCAUCUUAGAGCACUUAGUUUUGACAUCUGAGACAAUUGCUUCCAUAAUUUGAGGUCUUAUCCUAUUUUUAGAUUUAAAAAUCCUGAAGUUCCUUUCUUUCCGUAAGUGUUGCACUGUGGCACAGAAAGCUAACUUCCCAAUGACCCUCAACGGAUCCCCUUCAUGAAAUUCAUGUUUGAUCCAUGUAAAAAUAUCUAGAAUGUGUUAAUAGGGUUCCUCCCCUUUUGAUUGUAAAGAGAUGCCACAUCCUUCCAUAAAGCAUGUGAGAAAGGGCAUUCAAAAAAUAAAUGGUUUUUGCUUUCCAUACCUACCCAACAGAAAGUGCAUUGGGGAUUGACAUUAAUCUUCCGCUUGAUAAGUUGAUCUUUUGUUGGUAAGGCAUCAACAAGACACCUCCAUGUUGCAAAUGAGUGUCUUGGAAUAUUAUCAUCAAACCAAACAAUCUUGGCCUAAGAUAUCUGUCUCCUUCUUUCUAACAAGCUGCCAGGCUGAUUUAGUAGAGGAAACCCCUAAAGAGUGCUCUUUCCAGAUCACUAGAUCCUUCUUAGAAUAGUGGAGUCUAGGAAUAGGAGGGAGCCCUCCCCAAGCUUCCACAAGAUGUAAGGAAAUAACAGGAGUCGGAUACCAUUCACCAUUCCUUAAGAUUUCUUCAACUGUGGCCAAGUGAGGUAAACCAGCAUCAUAACUUAUUCUUUCUCCAAACUUUUUAAUCAGAAUCCCACUUGGGUGCUAAUUGUCUAGCCAAAGCUUUGUGGAGUUGCCAUUACCAAUAAUAUGCAGUACAUAGUCUUCCAUUUUAUCUCUGUACUUCAAAAUUUUCCUCCACACCCAAGAAGCAUCAAUAGUUGCCUUAACAGUCCAUAUGGUAUCCUUUUUAAGGUACCUUUCGUAGAACCAUUCCACCCAAAUACUCUUUCUGUGUGAAGCUAUCCACCAUAUUUGCUUUACAAUUCCUGCCACAUUCAUCUACUUGACCAUCUUCACUCCUAAGCCCCCUUCCUCCUUUGGCUUGCAUAUAGCAUCCCAAGAAGCAUAAUGUACUAUCUUUUCUAAAGAAGGUCCAGACCACAAAAAAUUUGAAAAGAUAGACUCCACCUUAGCUAUAAGAUUACCUGGCAAUGCGGCAUAGCAAAAAUUCGUGACCAGUAGAUAUAGCAUCCUUGGAGAACUGAGGAGAUCAAUUGUAGUAUGCCAGCAUAGGAGAGAAAUCUAGCCUUCCAGCCAUCACUGAGUCUUUUAGAUGUGCAGGAAUUAGUUUACCUAUUGGUGGGAGUGCCCACAAAACAUGCCUUGUUAGCUGCAGUCUUAUUUUAUCCGUGGAUGGGAGUUAUACUGUGAUGCUCUUUCUGAAGUUUUGUAUUCUAUUACUACCAAAUUAUUUGAUAUUUAAUUUUGCAGAAA